AGAGGCAAGAGGCUAGCGGCUGGACCGCUUGUGCUGGAUUGGUAAAGAACUAUCAUGAAUCCAUUUACUGAAAGUGUCAAUUUCUGAACUCACCCUAAAGAGGACAAACAUCGCAAAGUAGUUAAAAGUCAGGCAUUCGCGUCGGACGUCUGGGUUUGAAUUCUGCCCUGGCUUGACUGGAAACCCUUCACCUAUUUCCUCCGUAGCGGACCGGGAAAGCUUACUGGCGCUCUGCGAACCGGCUGAAAAGAAACACCCAGUCACUUGUACAGACUCUGGGUCGCAGAACUUGGCUUUCCGCUAUUGGUCCUCCAGAACCGCUUGAGACAACUGGCCCCAGCUGGCGCAUCAGACCGCAGUGAGGAAUGCCGCGGGGCGGGUGGCGAAGGCCGGGUUUGCCCGCCAGUGGAUUCCCCGGUGUCCCGCGUGGAGCAGGCUUGCCCAGCUGGGAAGCCCAUCAAACCUCAGUCUUGGCCCACAGUGGGAGAGAGACCAGUGAGUCCCAGACGGAGGCCCUCGCCCGCUUUUGGCGACCUCCACUGGCGUGAAUAAACGCACCCCUCUCUUACCCUCAGAAACUGUGGGUAGCAAGGUCUAAAACGGAGUCUGGGCCCGGUAAGUCCCAAGGUGAGCCCGUAUACAGCUCUGCCAUCUCUGAGGGGUUAUGCAGAUUCUGAGCAGCUGCCAGGGGCUCAUGUCAGAGGAGUGCGGGCGGACUACAGCCCUGGCGGCCGGGAGGACUCGGAAAGGCGCCGGGGAAGAGGGACUGGUGAGCCCCGAGGGAGCGGGGGACGAGGACUCGUGCUCCUCCUCGGCCCCGCUGUCCCCGUCGUCCUCGCCCCGGUCCAUGGCCUCGGGCUCCGGCUGCCCUCCUGGCAAGUGUGUGUGCAACAGUUGUGGCCUGGAGAUCGUGGACAAAUACCUUCUCAAGGUGAAUGACCUAUGCUGGCAUGUCCGGUGCCUCUCCUGCAGUGUUUGCAGAACCUCCCUAGGAAGGCACACCAGCUGUUAUAUUAAAGACAAAGACAUUUUCUGCAAACUUGAUUAUUUCAGAAGGUAUGGAACUCGCUGCUCUCGAUGUGGGAGACACAUCCAUUCUACUGACUGGGUCCGGAGAGCCAAGGGGAAUGUUUAUCACUUGGCAUGCUUUGCCUGCUUUUCCUGCAAAAGGCAACUUUCCACAGGAGAGGAGUUUGCUUUGGUGGAAGAGAAAGUCCUCUGCAGAGUGCAUUAUGACUGCAUGCUGGAUAAUUUAAAAAGAGAAGUAGAAAAUGGUAAUGGGAUUAGUGUGGAAGGUGCCCUCCUCACAGAGCAAGAUGUUAACCAUCCAAAACCAGCAAAAAGAGCUCGGACCAGCUUUACAGCAGAUCAGCUUCAGGUUAUGCAAGCACAGUUUGCUCAGGACAACAACCCAGAUGCACAGACACUCCAGAAAUUGGCAGAAAGGACAGGCUUGAGCAGACGUGUGAUACAGGUGUGGUUUCAGAAUUGUAGAGCACGCCACAAGAAACACGUCAGUCCUAAUCACUCGUCCUCCACCCCGGUCACAGCGGUCCCACCCUCCAGGCUGUCUCCACCCAUGUUAGAAGAAAUGGCUUAUUCUGCCUACGUGCCCCAAGAUGGAACGAUGUUAACUGCGCUGCAUAGUUAUAUGGAUGCUCAUUCACCAACAACUCUUGGACUCCAGCCCUUGUUACCCCAUUCAAUGACACAACUGCCAAUAAGUCAUACCUAAUUCUUUUUUCAGGGAUAGACUUGAAUAAGGAUAUAAAUUUGUCAUUUAUUAUGUAUAAAAUACCAUUGAAAAGAUAUUACUGUUAAUUUUUUAUUUAACACCUAAAGCAUUUCCAACAUCACUUUGCUGCCCAGGUAUGUAUCUAUAGUUGGCCUGCAAGACACUUUUAUUGAUUCUUCAUUUUUUGUAAAACUUAUGUUUACAAGAAGAAAAGAAAUCAAAACAUUUUUUGUAUUGUCUGGAAAUAGUUCACUCUAGUGUGUAUCUGUUAAUUUAUUUGUCAUCAAAAGAGCACUUUGCCUAAAACAAAGGACUGACAAGUGUGCAAAAUGUUUACAAUCUUUUGUGAAAUUGUAGUUUCAUUAGUUUGUAUCUGUAAGUUAUUGUUAUAAAUAUUACCUGUAUUUUUUUGUUAUAUACAACUUUAUACUUUGAAGCUUGUAUCUGUGAAUUUGCAACUGAAAUUUAUUUUGCCAAUGUUUUCUGAAUGAACUGAAUAAAGCUUCUGUUGUAGCAUGCCAUGCAAACACAUUAUUGUGUUUGUGGUUGAUGAAUUAUGGCUGUAAAUAACACUAUAGUUUAAUAAGCCCACCAUUCUGAGUUUAUUAAACAUUUUCCAUUCUUGUGAAAAUUUCAA